UUCCAAAGAUCAAAAUCAUUAUAAACAAAACGUGUGCGAGUAAGUCAAAAAUCAUUAAAAGCCCAGACCGUAACGCUUAUAUACUAAAUACUGAAAUCGAAACAUGAGUCAUUACACAAGGAGGCCCUUGCUUAUCUGCCAAAGCUAGCCGUGUAGUAAAGAGUAGAAAACAAACUUAUUGGGAACUACAAACGGCAGCUCCAAUAGACCUACCAAAUCCAAAACAAAAAUCCUUGUUUCGCCCGUUUCGAUUCGAACACCAGUCUGCCCAGAGAUGGACAUGCACUUCCAGUACAAGAAGGAUCACACCUUCGAUAAGCGGCGCAACGAGGGCGACAAGAUCCGGCGCAAGUAUCCGGACCGUGUGCCCGUGAUCGUGGAGAAGGCCCCGAAGACGCGCUACGUCGAUCUGGACAAGAAGAAGUACCUGGUGCCGGCUGACCUGACGGUGGGUCAGUUCUAUUUCCUCAUCCGCAAGCGCAUCAAUCUGCGUCCCGACGACGCCCUCUUCUUCUUCGUGAACAACGUGAUACCUCCGACAUCGGCCACCAUGGGGGCACUGUACCAGGAGCACUUCGACAAGGACUACUUCCUCUACAUUUCCUAUUCCGAUGAGAACGUAUACGGACGUCAGUAGACUCUGGUUUGCCCCGCCUAAUCGUUUUUGGUGGUCGGUUGAGUUUCAAUUGUCACAUUUCGCCAUUGGCAAGUUCAUCAAUAAAGAAUGACUGGUCCUAGCCAGCUAACCAGCAGCUAACGUCGCAAUCGUCAUCAUCGUGGUGCCCAUGCUGGGUAAAACAAUUAUCCCAGUUUGUGCUUCCCCUGUGAUCGCAUACGCUAAUCCCUUGCCGCGGGUGUCUGGAAAAAACAAAUAUUAAUUGAAAUGCUCAAAAAAAAAAUUGAAAAAAACAAAACAUCUAGUGAACUCACGGCUACGACUUAAUUAUAAUUCACAAAUCGAUGGCCCGUCCCAUUCAGGGCAGCGACAAAUUAAAUGGAGGCAUCGCUUUUUGUUGUUAUGAUGUGCUUAAGCUCACUAAUUGGUGAAAAUAUGAGACAUAAAACCAGUUUAAAUCGGGCAAAAGUGUGCUCUGAAAGCAUGCAGUAAAAAUUCAAGCUGGGAUGAGCCAGUCUUUUCGGUUUUCGGUGGCAGUGCAUCGAAUCAAAGUUGUUUAACAAACUUAUUGACGCCGUGCCCCUGGAUUAGCGAAGGAAACUUUUAAGUAAAUAUAGAAAAGAACCGACAGUACCGGUAUUAUUCCUCUAGACACCCACAACAUCCCACCUUAUUUAAAUUUAGUCUUUGUUUAUUGUAUUAAUCUACAUAUCGUGCCGUAACCGCAAAAAUUACCCAAAUAUACGAGUUUAGAAUUUGAAAAAUAUAUUAAAUUAUCCAAACAAAUUUGAAUCUCCCUAAUAAAUUGGAAAGUUCAAUAAUAAAGUUUGUUAUCAUCUGGAAAUUUGUUGAAUUGCCAAGAUAUUUAAGUGUCAGCGCAGAUUUUAAACGGCGCAUAUUUUCCGCAACUUGUAAGUUGACAUGACUUACGUAAGGAAUGUAAAAAUAGGAGCUCAAAUAGCGAAUAUCUAAGGUUAAACAAGACUUCACAGAUACCUGUCGACACACAACUCACUGUGAAAUGGAGC